AUGCAACCCACCCCGCUCCUCCAAUCAACGGGCCCACCAAUCCAUUUCAAAACGUCCCUCGUUUUCCCGUUCCAAUUCCUUCCAAAUCACCGACCCUCUCCCGACCGUUGCCUCUUCCUCGCCGCCUCGCCGUGCCUCGCUGCUGCCCAAGGGACAAGGUUUGCGAAUUCUCGUUGGGGUUUGGUUUCGCUUCGAGUGCCCCGCGGGUGGUUCUGGAUUCUGGGCUGGGUUUCAGGGGAUUUGGUGCGCUGGGAUCGAGGAUCGGCGGAGGGGGUGUCCUUGGCUUGCUGGCGUGUAGCCUGUUCGACCGAUUUCCGGACUCGAGUUGGUGAGGGAAUCUGUUGAUGUUCCACACUUCUGAAAGAUGAGAAGAUUCUUUUUCUUUGGGUCCCCCUCUGCGCAUGCUGGGGAUGGAAAUGGGACACCGGGCAAUGAUAGCAGGGGUAAGCAUAAAAAGACACUGGAGGAAGAUGAGGGCAAGGACAGUUCCGGUUCUCGCUGCACGAGGAUGUCAAGAUCAAGAAGCCGCCGUGGAAAACUGAUUAAUGAUGAGCCAUCCAAUCCAAAGCAGCUCAGGAGGUCCAUGUCAUUCUCGUCCCCGACCAGAAACAGUUCCUUGGAACGAAGCUUUAGCUUCUCCGGUGAUGUUCCAUGCUCUUUGUAUGAUGAAUCUGAUGCACCUCAGCAUGCCGGAGACGAUGAUCCCUAUAUGUGGUCACCAGAAGGGAAUCCAAUCUUGAGAGAGUAUGCAAUAAAGGUCCCAAAACCACAUUCUGCCAUGGAAAAUGAUUCUCUGGGUUCAAGAUGCUGUUCAUGCUCAACAGGGCACUCUCCUGUUAGCUCUCCCAUUGCCCUACGAUGCAGGUCUACAAGACUAAGCAAUUUAUUAAACAAGACUGAAGUGCUAGAUCGAUACAUCGAUAGAGAGCAUGAAGAUACCAUUGCAAAUGAGAAACAGAAGCAUUACUCCCCUGCCACAUCUAUGGUUUCUAAUUGGGGGAGGCCACCUCGACCCCAAUCUACUGUACCAUCUUUGCCAAAAUCAAUGAAACAGAUGACUGAGACCUAUUCAGAUGUGGACUUAAAGGAUGCCUGCCUUGGACAACUUGCUCAAGAUGGUACAGGAGACACAUGCAAGAUUGUAACUCUGUGCAAUACGAGUAGAAACCAUGUAAGCUUGUCAGAAGUUUUUGAGAGAUUUCCGUAUUCAGAAGAUUAUAAAUCAGAAAGUGCGACAUCUAUUGAAGAUAUUUACGAAGAUUUGCGAGAUGUGAGACCUCCAAAUGUUUUUUGCCACUCCACCUGUCCUAUUUCAGGGGAGCAAGAAACUGAUGACAGGUUGCUUCAAAGAGCUAAAGAAGUUGAAUCAAGGUUUAUUGUUCCUUCUGGAGAUGAAUAUGAAUUCAACGUGCUCAGAGAUAAGCGAUUAAGCUCAAAUGACAUGUUUCAAUUGAUCCAGCGUUUGACUGAAGAUAGGAAACAACUAGCCCAUGAACUGUCUUCGCAGAUCAAGGCACGUGUUACAGAAAGAUGUACUGCCAAAGAGCAAUAUAAAGAAUCAAAGAAAGAAUUGGACACCAGAACUAGGAGGCUGGAGAAGGAGAAGAGUGAAUUACAAACUACUCUGGAGAGAGAGAUGGACAGAAGGUCACAAGAUUGGUCUGUCAGGCAAUUGAGAUUUCAAUCUGAAGAACAGAGACUACAUGAACGGGUGAGAGAACUUGCAGAGCAGAAUGUCUCAUUUCAGAGAGAAGUUACUUUUCUUGAAGCAAAUAUGGCUGAAGAUUCAGCUAAAGUAUCAAGUUUGGAACUGCAAAACGGCAAACUAAAUGAUGAGCUAGAAAAACUCAGAAACGAGCACGAGAAUCUCCAUAAUUCCUCAGUGGAUCUGCAAGCUCGUUUUACUGAGAUUGCCGAAGAAAGGGAUCACAUCCAGGCAUACUUGAAGGACAAGGAGGGUGAGAACAGGGCAUUGCACAAAGUGAUUGCAAGACUACAAACAGCAUGUAAUGAACAGGAAAGGACAAUUACGGGCCUGAGACAAGGAUGCAGAGCUGAAUUAGAUAAGAAAACUGUUGAGUGUGGCAGUGAUAAAAUGAGCAAAUUGCAAAUGGAACUUAUUAGAGUGACAGGAGUGGAGCAAAAGUUGAGAGGUGAAGUUCGAUCUUGUCAUCUUGAAGUAGAGUCCCUCAGACACGAGAAUAUUGCACUCUUAAAUCGUUUACAAAGUGCUGGAAAUGGAUUAAGCUCCUCCUCAAUUCGCCUUGACCAGGAGCUUAAGGCCAGAGUGGACAACCUGCAGAUGCAAGGCUUGUCAUUGCUCGAUAAGAUUAGCCAACUUUGCACCAAACUGUUGGAUUUGAUGAAACACAGUAGCCAUAAAAAUGAAUCUUUCAGUGACAUUGAUGCGUUAACAGUCACUGAUUACACUUUUGAGUACCAAAGCAUCAAAGGAGGAAUUGAGGGUCUGAAGCGAAGUUUGAAGACAAUCAAUUCAGUGCUGAGGGAAAAGCAAAAUGUAAAUGAAAAAUCUAGUCAGGCUGCAGCUGGAGGUAGUCCUUCCAGAGAGCAAAAGGAUAAUUUUGGACUCAAGCUGAAAGAAGAGGCUAUGCUCAGCAGGGUACUGAAGGAGACAGUCUUGUCAAAGGAACUUGACAUUGAACAAUUGCAGUCUGAUCUGGCAUCUUCACUUCGUAUCCAAGAUGUUAUGAGAAACGAGAUCCAGAGACUUCAGGAUGAACUUUCUUGCAUCACCCACAAGGUUAAUCAGUUGGAGCUUCAGGUUUCGAAGAAAGACAAGUCAAUCAAUGAGAUUCAACAGGAUUUCCAAGAAUCUGCAAAGGAGCUAACUGCUCUUCGCGGAACACUAAAAACAAUAACCGAGGAGAGGGACCUGUCGUGGCAGGAAGCAAAGCAACUGAGAAGAAACGUCAGCAUUAUGCAAAAUGAGGUUUUGGCCCUGAAGAAGAAGAUCGAAUCCCUUGAUGAAGAUAUACUUGUCAAGGAGGGGCAGAUCUCAAUACUACAGGAUAGCAUCAACAAGCCGUUCGACAUCAUCUGCAGCCCUAGGUCAAUGAGGGAGUUUGACAUGGAGUGAAGACUGCACAGACAGAGUUUGACAACAGAGCUUUUCAGAUAUAUUGCAUAGUUCCUAAAAGAUAGAGAUGCCUGUGAAUAGAUUGUUCAUGCGCUUCUACAGUAUCUUCAGUACACCCCAUAGUGGCUUGUUUUGCACUCAUUGCUCAGCUUACACCAUUUGUAAAGCAUGCAUGAUUUCUCUCGUACUCUCGAGUUUGGAUAAUGUUAAAAGAAUCCUUGCUCUGUUUGUUAUCAUUUGUUCUGUUUCUACAUUUCUCCCGGCUCACUUGUCAAUAGUGACCUGAUGAAAUUUGAAA